AUGGAGUCAACGAAGAAGCAAGUCUCGUUGGAGCUAUUUCCAUGGUUAAUCGUUUACAGCGACGGAACGUUUGAAAGACUAGCCGGAACCGAUUUUUGUCCACCCGGUUUAGACCCAGAAACAAAGGUAUUAUCUAAAGAUAUCAUCAUCGAUCCCAAAACCGGCUUAUCCGCCCGAAUCUACAGACCCGACUCGAUUCAACCGGGUCAGAAACUUCCUCUCGUGCUCUAUUUCCACGGCGGCGCAUUUCUCAUCGCCUCCGCCUCCUUUCCCAGUUACCACACCAGUGUCAACAAACUUGUCGGUGAAGCUAACAUCAUCGCCGUCUCUGUCAGUUACAGACUAGCGCCAGAAAAUCCACUUCCUACUGCUUACGAAGACUCAUGGAACGCGUUACAAGAGAUCAAUUCCGGAAACGAGCCAUGGAUCAACGACUACGCCGACUUGGACCGUUUCUUCCUAGUCGGAGACAGCGCCGGAGCUAACAUCUCGCACCACCUCGCCUUCCGAGCCAAGCAAUCGGACCAGACCGUAAAAAUCAAAGGCAUCGGAAUGAUCCACCCGUACUUCUGGGGAACACAACCGAUCGGAUCAGAGAUCACAGACGAAGCGAGGAAACAAAUGGUGGACGGAUGGUGGCGUUUCGUGUGCCCAUCCGAGAAAGGAUCCGAGGACCCGUGGAUCAAUCCGUUUGCGGACGGGUCACCGGAUCUUGAAGGGUUGGGGUGUGAGAGAGUGUUGGUUACGGUGGCGGAGAAAGAUAUAUUGAGUGAGAGAGGGAAAAUGUAUUACGAGAGGUUGGUGAAGAGCAAGUGGAGAGGCAAAGCGGAGAUUAUGGAGACCAAAGAGAAAGAUCACGUGUUUCAUAUAUUCGAGCCUGAUUGUGAUGAAGCUAUGGAGAUGUUACGACGCUUGGCUUUGUUCAUUAACCAAGUUGAAGCUUGA